AUGAAUACACUGAUUGUAUAUAUCGGUGACAUGCCCGCAAAACUCCUUGAUCACCUGCUUCUUCACUUGAUUCGAUCCCCUCCUGGGAGGCUCUUUGUCCCUCGGCUCUUUGGCCCUCGGCUCUCCGCCCUUUGGCAUGAUUACGACUCGAGCACGAAUGCUGCAACUAGUUCUGAGAAUUUCGACGGGAGGGUGCGGAAGUGUCUGAAGAGCCCACCCAAACCCUCCUGCUCUUCCCCUUUAGUACCCGUUCAUGGCAUCUCCCGACGUCGGGGAGUAUCUGUCAGAUCCUCCGACUGA